AUGAAGUUUUCUCAUCAAAUACAGUUUAAUGCAGUGCCUGACUGGGCUGAUUACUAUUUACCAUAUUCUAACCUCAAAAAACAAAUCUAUCAAAUCGAAAAGGAUCGCAUUACCACCAAAAACCGUCGUGCGUCAUUAGAUGAAGAAGUAGGAGAACGUACAGCGCUUAUCGGUGAAGGUCAAACCGAGACUGAUAACCAAAUGUUUAUUGACUCUUUAAACAAGUCUUUGGAAAAGAUUACUAAAUUUUAUGCAAAAAAGGAAACUGAGCUAUAUGAUGAAAUGGACAAGUUGAUGGAAGAUCUCGAGCAUACUCAUCACGGUCAACGACAAGGCCCACAAACCACUGCGAGGGAGCCUCAAAGUAACGUCAACCAGCUGCCUCGGCGUGAAUCGAAUGUGGAAGGCGAUAGCUAUCUGCCGGCAACCGUCAUUUCCAACAAUCUAUCAGAUACCGAUCCAGUAUCACUGCACCAUGAUGAUUUGCAGAGGCGUGUAAUAGACAUGUUUGUGCUAUUAUCCGAGCUGAAAUCGUUUGUGGCUCUUAAUAUGACAGCUUUUGCCAAGAUAUUAAAAAAGUAUGAUAAAAUUACCAACAGCAAUUUGAAGCGAUACUACAUCUCCACCCAUGUCAUGCAAUCAUAUCCCUUUCAGCCUGCGACCAAGGCAAGGUUAAAUGAACAUAUUCAGCAAACAGAGAAAUCCUAUGCUAUCUUGGCAACUCAAAAUGAUUUGAAUUUAGCAAUCGAGGAUCUCAAAACGCACUUGCGAGAGCAUAUCGUCUGGGAGAGAAAUACCGUAUGGAGGGACUUGAUCGGACAAGAGCGACGAACACAGUCUGUAGGCGUAAAGCCUGCAACUGUGCCCACGCCGUUUGGAACACUUCGACUGUCACGAGAACAGAUAACGAGCUAUCUCUAUCUGGCCGCGUGCCUUGUCGUAUUUAUCGUCUUGCUCAAGGUCAAUAUAUUUGAUACCAUAGAACAAAAUAGAUGUUUGGCCAUUCUCGUAUUCGCAAGUUUACUCUGGGCUGGUGAGGUGAUGCCCCUGUUUGUAACCGCUUUGCUGGUGCCACUUCUAGUCAUCACGCUGCGUGUCAUGCGUUCCGAUGACGAUCAGCACACUCGUCUUUCUGCCCCUGAUGCAACCAAGCGUGUCUUUGGUGCCAUGUUUUCUCCAGUGAUCAUGCUGCUCUUGGGUGGAUUUGCUAUUGCUGGUGCUCUCAGCAAGUUUGGCAUUGCCAAGUCCAUGGCAACCUUUGUACUCUCCAAGGCAGGUACAAAACCAAACAGGGUGCUUAUCGUUAGUAUGCUUGUAGCUACCGUGGCUAGUAUGUGGAUCAGUAAUGUAGCUGCUCCCGUCCUUUGCUUCUCACUUAUUCAGCCAAUUCUUCGUACAUUACCUGCUGAUUCCAAAUUUGCACCUUGCUUGAUCAUUGGUAUCGCUUUAGCUUCCAAUUUGGGUGGUAUGGCAUCCCCUAUCUCGUCUCCUCAAAACAUUAUUGCGAUUCAAAACAUGAACCCUGCUCCUUCCUGGUUAGAAUGGUUUAUCAUUUCGAUUCCCCUUUGCAUCCUCGGCAACCUUACCAUUUGGCUCUGGUUACUUUGGAACUACAAACCAGAACGUCAGACACCUCAGAUUCAUACCAUCCGGCCCAGCACAGACCCAAUCACGCUCACUCAAAUCUAUGUUAUCCUAGUAACUCUCUUGACGAUCGUCCUUUGGUGCCUUGCACACACAUACGAGUCUGUAUUUGGUGACAUGGGCGUGAUUGCGAUUCUGCCAUUGAUUGCCUUUUUUGGCACAGGUUUGCUCACAAAGGAUGAUUUUAACAGCUUUCUAUGGAACGUUAUUGUAUUGGCCAUGGGCGGUAUUGCUCUCGGUAAAGCGGUUGAAAGUUCUGGCCUGCUCAAGACGAUUGCUUCUCAAAUCCAAACACUCGUCGCUGGCAUGUCUGCGAUCCAAGUACUCUUUGUCUUUAGCUGUCUCGUCUUAGUGAUUGCUACUUUCAUUAGUCAUACAGUCGCUGCGCUCAUUGUCUUGCCUAUUGUCGCUGAGGUUGGAUCUCAAUUGGCUGAUCCUCAACCAAGGAUGCUUGUGAUGGGCACCGCCUUUGUUUGUUCAGCAGCUAUGGGAUUGCCUGUAUCAGGAUUCCCCAACAUGAAUGCGAUUUCACAAGAAAACGAGCUUGGAAAGCCUUAUUUAAAAACCAAAGACUUUUUACUUAAUGGUAUACCUUCCAGUGUCUUUGCCACUUUACUCAUCACUACUGUUGGAUAUGGCAUCAUGUCCCUUAUUGGAUUUUAG